AUGGAUCACGGCGGAAUGGACCACGGUGGCAUGGACCACGGCGGCAUGGACAUGGGCGGUGGCAGCGGUGGUCGCCAGUGCAAGAUUGAUAUGCUCUUCAACGUCAACACCAUCGGCAGCUGCUUCUUCACCAAGGACUUCUACAUCGAGACCAACGGCCAAUUCGCCGGCGCCUGCAUCCUCGCCCUCGUCCUCGUCGUCGCCCUCGAGGGCCUCCGCCGCGCCACCCGCGAGUUUGACCGCUUCAUCACCGCCCAGCACGUCGCCCAGCACCGCAGCGGUCCCGCGGCCGUCGCGGGCCCGCGCAAGGACAGCUCCGACGGCGUCGUCGCCGCGGCUCCCUGCGCCCCGAUCCCCCCCUUCCGCCCGAGCCUCGUCCAGCAGGCCAUCCGCGCCUCCCUGCACAUGCUCCAGUUCGGCACCGCCUACAUUGUCAUGCUGUUCGCCAUGUACUACAAUGGUUACAUUAUCCUCUGCAUCGUCCUUGGCGCCUUCGUUGGUUACAUGGCUUUCAACUGGGAGCCCAUUGCUGUGUCGGAUCAGCCCAACGGCACCAAGGAGGCUACUGUUUGCUGCGGUUGA